AUGGCGCAGCGGCAGCACGAGGCGAAGGUGAUUCCCGUGCGCGCGCUGGACGGCCGCACUACUACCGUCCGCAUCGCCGCAGCCUGCUCCGUCGACGACCUCAAGGCCACGCUCCGCGCCUCGUCUUUCCCUCCCGGCGGCGCCGCCACGUUCCAUCUCUACCUCAAGGGCGCCAAGCUCCUCCCGCACGCGAAGGUCGGAAACCUCCCCAUCUACCCCGGCGACUUCAUCUCCCUCGUCCCCUUCGCCGCCAAGGCCAAGCCCGCCGCUGCCGCUCCGUUCGGCCGCGCUACUACCUUGCCGUGGUCCACCGGCAAACGGAGGAAGCUUUCGAGUUCUUGGUAUGGCACCGGCAAUGGCGACCACGAUCUGUACGCGCCCAGGAAGCCGCCGUCUUCCUCCUCCAGCCAUUGCAAUGGCACGGAGCCGCUGGACCCAGCGCAGAUGGUGGAGCACCUCCGGCAAGGGCUCGGCAAGCACGGACAGAUCGCGCACGUCGAGGUGAUCCCAGGAAGGGAGGCCUCCUUCUCCGACGACGACCUCCACCUAUCCGACGCCAUGAAGACCACCCUCCGGAGCAUCGGCGUGACGAGGCUGUACGCCCACCAGGCACUCGCGCAGGACCAGCUCAAGGCUCUGCUGCAGAUGAAGGCCGCGCUACUCCUCGCCGGAGCUGACGACUUUGCCGUAGACAUCUACGACGGCGACACGCCGAUGCAGGACCGCGCGAGGAUCAGGGAGCGUGCCAGGGUGCUCAUCACAAACCCAGACAUGCUGCACGCAUCCAUCCUCCCCUGCCACGCCCAGUUCCGGCGGAUCCUCUCCGGCCUCGCCCACGUCGUCGUCGACGAGGCGCACACCUACCGCGGCGCCUUCGGCUGCCACGCUGCGCUCGUGCUUCGCCGCCUCCGACGCCUGUGCGGCGACGUCUACGGCCGCCUCCCCGCUUUUGUGUUCUGUACCGCCACACUGGCGAACCCGCGCGAACACGUCGUGGAGCUCGCGGGGAUCGGCGAGGUGGAGCUGGCGGACGAGGACGCCAGCCCGUGCGGUGCCAAGCACUUCGUCCUCUGGAACUCGUCUGGGAAGAAGACAACGAGCUCGCCGAUGGCCGACGUGGCACGGCUGCUCGCCGAGAUGGUGCAGCACGGGCUGCGCUGCAUAGCCUUCUGCAAGACGAGGAAGGUGUGCGAGCAGGUGCUGGCCCACGCGCGCGAGGUGCUCGAGGAGACUACGACGGCGCCGGAGAUGGUAGGCUCCAUCUGCGUGUAUCGUGGCGGGUACAUGGCGAGCGAGCGGCGGCAGAUCGAGGCGGACCUCUUUGGCGGGAGGCUCCGCGGCGUGGCGGCGACGAACGCGCUGGAGCUGGGCAUCGACGUCGGCCACGUCGACGCCACACUCCACCUUGGAUUCCCUGGCAGCAUCGCCAGCCUAUGGCAGCAAGCCGGGAGGUCCGGCAGGCGGUCGAAGGACUCCAUCGCUGUCUACGUCGCCUUCGACGGCGCCCUGGACCAGUACUUCAUGAACUACCCUGCCAAGCUCUUUGGCAAGCCCAUCGAGCGCUGCCAUGUCGAUGCGCAGAACCGUAAAGUUCUCCGACAGCACCUCGCCUGCGCCGCCGCUGAGAACCCGCUCUGCCCGGAACGCGACCAGCUCUACUUCGGCGGCGAAGCCAUGAACGAUGCCAUGUCGAUAUUGAAAGACAAGGGAGUUCUCACUCCCAAGAGCAAUGCGGCCGACAACAACAUAUGGAAGUACAACGGUCCCGGCAGGCGGCCGUCACAGUCCGUCAGCAUCCGCGCGAUCGAGCACGACAAGUUCACGGUGAAGGACGCGACGAGCGGGAGAGUGAUGGAGGAGAUAGAGGAGAGCAAGGCCUUCUUCCAGGUGCACGAGGGCGCGGUGUACAUGCACCAGGGCGUGAGCUACUUGGUCGAGCGGCUGGAUCUCUCGUCCAAGACGGCCUACUGCCGGAUGGCCGAGCUGAGCUACCACACCAAGACCGAAGACUACACCGACAUCGCCGUCGCCCUCGGAGACGCUGCCGCUGCUGUUCAUGCCGACGAGUGCACGGUGACGACCAGGUGGUCCGGCUAUCGCCGGAUAUACAAGCCGAUGAACCAAGUCUCCGACGUCAUCCCCCUCCACCUGCCCUCCUACUCCUUCGACACGCAGGCCGUCUGGGCGACGGUUCCCGCGACGGUGAGGGCGACCGUGGAGCAGAGCAAUCUGUGGUUCUGGGGCGGGGUGCACGCGGCCUCGCACGCCAUCCUCAGCAUACUGCCGCUGCACAUGAUGUGCAGCUCCUGCGAUCUCGGGGCGGAGUGCGCGGAUCCUCGCGAGACACACCCCGAUGGCGACGACGAGCACGUGGUUCCCGACAGGGUCCUGCUCUACGACAAGCACCCCGGCGGCAUCGGGCUGGCGGCGCAGGCGAGGCUGCUCUUCCCGGACCUCCUUGCCGCCGCUCUCGAACUCGUCUCGGCCUGCGGCUGCGGCAGCUUGGACGGGUGCCCCAACUGCGUGCAGUCCUUCGCUUGCCGCCAGAACAACAAGAAUUUGGACAAGGAGGCUGCUGUGCUGGUGCUCAAGGGUCUAAUUCAGGGAUUUGAAGAAAGAAUAGAUCAGUUGGAUGAGAGGUUUAAGUCAUCCCAAUUCAGUGGCUCCUGA